CUUUGUGCACCUUCAGUUAUCUGGUUUUCAGGAGAGUUAAAUGUUUAGGUGGUUUUAGGAGGAAGACUUGAGUCUGAGGCAUGUUUUAGAGGCUGGGGCUCUUCCCACCCUCCCCAUGGCCGAGCAUAUGUGAUAGCUCCUACCUUCUGGAGAAUGGUUCUAGCUCAGGAGAGGAUAGAGCUUCUUCAUCUCCUCCAUACAAAGGGGCCCUCCUGCCAACUUGAAGAACUUGAGGCUGAGGUGAGAACAGGGAUAGAAGAAGAUUCUGAAGCUGUAGCUGAAAAGGAGGCAGUGAAAGGAGCCUACCUUCAAAUGUUUAUCUGGUGUGACUGUAUUAUGCCCUCAGAGAGUACUGUAUGUUGCCCAGGCUGUCCUCGAACUCUAGGCUCAAGUGAUUCUUCUGCCUCAGCCUCCCAAGUAGCUGGGACUACAGAUGCAAUCACCACCACACUUGGCAGUGUGCCGGUCCAACAAAAGCCCUUGGGUCUGUUUGACUUGUUCAAGUGUCCACUGUGGAAGGUAUGUGAAUGGCCAUGCAAAAAAACAUUAUGAAGAUGCACAAGUACCCUUAACCAACCAUAAGAAAUCAGAAAAGCAAGAUAAAGCUCAGCACACAGUAUGCAUGGAUUGCAGUAGCUACAGUACAUACUGUUAUCGCUGUGAUGAUUUUGUGGUCAAUGACACCAAGCUGGGACUGGUACAGAAAGUCAGAGAACACUUACAGAACUUGGAAAACUCAGCUUUCACAGCUGAUCGGCAUAGGAAAAGAAAACUUUUGGAAAACUCAACACUAAACAGCAAGUUAUUAAAAGUAAAUGGAAGCACCACUGCCAUUUGUGCCACAGGCCUUCGGAAUUUGGGGAACACGUGUUUCAUGAACGCCAUCCUUCAGUCACUCAGUAACAUUGAGCAGUUUUGCUGUUAUUUCAAAGAACUGCCCGCUGUGGAGUUAAGGAAUGGGAAAACAGCAGGAAGGCGGACAUACCACACCAGGAGCCAAGGGGAUAACAAUGUGUCUUUGGUAGAAGAGUUUAGAAAGACACUCUGUGCUUUAUGGCAAGGCAGCCAGACUGCAUUUAGCCCAGAGUCCUUAUUUUAUGUUGUUUGGAAGAUUAUGCCAAACUUUAGGGGCUAUCAACAGCAAGACGCCCAUGAAUUCAUGCGCUACCUUUUGGACCACCUACACUUGGAACUCCAGGGUGGUUUCAAUGGUGUUUCCCGCUCAGCAAUUCUGCAGGAGAAUUCUACUCUAUCUGCAAGUAACAAGUGUUGCAUAAAUGGAGCAUCUACUGUUGUCACGGCUAUAUUCGGAGGCAUUCUCCAAAAUGAGGUUAACUGCCUCAUAUGUGGGACAGAAUCUAGAAAGUUUGAUCCAUUCCUAGACCUUUCAUUAGAUAUUCCAAGUCAGUUCAGAAGUAAGCGCUCUAAGAAUCAAGAAAAUGGACCAGUUUGUUCAUUACGAGAUUGUCUUCGCAGUUUUACUGACUUAGAAGAACUUGAUGAGACAGAGUUAUAUAUGUGCCAUAAAUGCAAAAAGAAACAAAAGUCCACAAAAAAGUUUUGGAUUCAAAAACUACCCAAGGUGCUAUGCUUACAUUUGAAAAGAUUUCACUGGACAGCAUAUUUAAGAAAUAAAGUUGAUACAUAUGUAGAAUUUCCAUUGAGAGGCCUAGACAUGAAAUGCUACUUACUAGAGCCUGAGAACAGUGGCCCGGAGAGCUGCCUGUAUGACCUCGCCGCUGUGGUGGUGCACCAUGGUUCCGGGGUUGGUUCUGGACAUUACACAGCAUACGCAACUCACGAAGGCCGCUGGUUCCACUUCAAUGACAGUACUGUAACACUGACUGACGAGGAGACUGUGGUGAAGGCAAAGGCCUACAUCCUUUUCUACGUGGAACGCCAGGCCAAAGCUGGAUCAGAUAAACUUUAAUACCUCCUCCAAAUCAUCAUUCAUCAACCAUACCAGAGAAACAUUUCCAGUUUUCCACAAAUACUUGAUCCAAGAUUUAAUUUCAUUAUGCACUUUUCAAUUUCCUAUUUUGGGUUUAGUUUUGUCAAUGGUAGUGAGUUACUGAACAUGGGCACCAACUAAUUUUGUUGUUGUUCUACCAGAAAACCUCAGCAGACGUUUUGAUUUGCUGCUUUAGUUGUAAUAAUUCAAUUUUUAUAUGUAGUUUUAAGAACUUAGUCUUAUUUGACUUUUUUAUUUUAUGUUAAUGUUUUCAGUUCUCACUAUGAGGCACAUUUACAUCAAUGCUUUUGUUCCUCUCACAUGCUGAAAGCAAGAUAUGUUCCUUAUUGUGAAGAGUGACACAACUGCCUGCUGUCUUUUCACAGCUGUAACGGAGAUCAGGUUGUCUCUAAAUCAAGGAUCAUGUGUGCACACAACUUGUGGCCCACAAAAUUUCACAGUGACUGCUGAGUAAUCAUUCUUUUUGCCUGUAAAAGAUAACAAAGGGCAUCAUUAAGUAGACCAGGUAAUUACUGCUUGUCUCUCAAGGCUGCUGUUUAUCAGCACUAACUAAAUAAAUUUGUUGGUUCAGUUGUACUUGUCCUGCAAAUACAAGAA